GCUCCCUCCAUGUCUGGCCCCCGCAGCGCCCUCCAGGCCUGGUGCCGCCGCCAAUGCGAGGGCUACCCGGGAGUCGAGAUCCGAGACCUCAGCAGCUCCUUCCGGGACGGGCUGGCCUUCUGCGCCAUCCUCCACAGGAACCGGCCCGAUUUGCUGGACUUUAAUUCUCUUUCCAAGGAGAAUGUGUACGAGAACAACCGCCUGGCUUUUGAGGUUGCUGAGCAGGAGCUGGGGAUCCCUGCCCUGUUGGAUCCCAGUGACAUGGUCUCCAUGAAGGUCCCUGACUGCCUCAGCAUCAUGACUUAUGUGUCUCAGUAUUAUAACCAUUUCAACAAUCCCAGCCAAGCCAGAGUCCCCCCAUCUAUGAAACGUCCAGCAGUUGCCUCCUCACCCACCCUUCCAGUUCAUGGGCCUGCAGCUGCAUCUGAGACUACAUCAACAUCCCAGGAUGAUGUUGCUGAAGGUCUGGCAGAACAGUCCCAACGAACUACCCUUAGCAGUACGUGUGCAGCUUGCCAACAACAUGUUCACUUGGUCCAGCGCUAUCUGGCUGAUGGAAAACUCUAUCACCGUCAGUGCUUCAGAUGUAAGGAAUGCUCCAGCACACUCCUUCCUGGAUCCUAUAAGCCUGGACCUGAAUUGGGCACAUUUGUAUGUACCCAGCAUCGUGGCAAGCUAGGCCUGAAUGGGAGGGCUGAACGGAGGCCAAGUCCAGAUCAUCAGCAUAUAAAGGAAAGCAGAGAGACUGGGGUAGUGACUGCUGGGAUGGAGGAAGAAAAUGGAGUAUUAGAGACUCACCCAUCAGCUGUAGAAGCGAAAAGCGAAGGGACAAGAUCAUUUGACAGAACGGAGGCAGAGAUUGAGAUGCCUCUUGCUCAGCCAAAGAAUGAAAUGCUCGCCUCUACUCCUGACUCUGAGCCUUCCUCCCAAAUGCCUUCCAAGCCCCCUGUGCCAGCCAAGCCCCCCAUGUUCAUCCAGGAUAAAGCUAAGCUCAGGGAGGCUCGGCCUACUCCUGCCCCCCGGAAGAGCAUGGACACCACAGCCCCAUCGCCACCAAAUUCCCAUCCUGUUCCAAGGCCCAGAGCCAACAUCCAGACUGAGAGCUCCAGUGAGCCAGGAUCUGAGCUGGUCAAUGGUAGGCCAUCUGACCCCUGCCCUCCAGUUCCGAAGCCCAGAGGCAGGCCAGCAUCCUCAGACCGAACUGGUGAGUCACCAAAGCCAAAAGACCCUCCAUGGAUUGCAUUGGUCCAAGGGGAGCCCAAGAAGAAGCCUGCUCCUCCCCCACCAGGUGGUAGCAAGGAGAGUCCACCUAGGGCUUCAGAAGAGGAUGAAGGUGUUGAAGAGGAAGAAAAAACACAAGGGAGAGAAAGCCAGCCCACUAUAAGGGAGCCAAAGCCCUAUAACCCCUUUGAGGAGGAGGAGGAGGAAGAGGAGAAGGAAUCUGUCACACCACAGAAUGCUCCAAAGCCAGAGCAGACUGACACUGAAGCCACCACGAAGGUUCUUCACCCCUGGUAUGGCAUCACCCCUACCAGCAGUCCCAAGACAAAGAAGCGUCCAGCACCAAGGGCUCCCAAUGCAUCCCCACUUGCUCACCAUUCCAUCUCCCGACUCUCCAGAUCAGAGCCAUCUUCUUCCACCCCAUCGCCUGCCCUCAGCCUAGAGAGCAUCACAUCUGAGUGUUCAGCCAAGGCCUCUGAAAACUUGGAGGAGACCUCUGUGCCCAAGAGCUCAUCUGAGCCCAUGGUUCACGCUCCAGCUGUUUCCAGUGAUCCCUGCUUGGAUCCUCCACUUGCCAGCAUCUCUAGCGAGGGUCCUGCAGCUCUGCCCAGUUAUUCUGCUGUUUCCUCAUCAUCAUCCAGUGAGUUGGCUGAUUCUGGGCAUGAGCUACCUGGGGGAAAUUUACAGUCCACCAAAAGCUGCUCAGCUGGGAACUUGAAAAUCAGCUCUGGGCAAGUCUCACCCAAGCCUCUGGUUGGUGCCACCCCCACACCUAUCCUCUUGAUGUCGGAUCUGAACAGUGGGGGUGCCAGGAGCUCUACUUCACCCAAAGCACAGCCAAAGUCAUCCUGUAAAGAGAAUCCCUUCAACCGGAAGCCAUCACCUGUUGCCUCCCCAUCCAUUAAGAAAAACCCAAAGGGACCCAAGCCUGCAAGGCCUCCUGCUCCAGGACAUGGCUUUCCAUUAAUCAAACGGAAGGUUCAGUCAGACCAGUAUGUCCCAGUGGAGGAUAUCUAUGGUGAGAUGGACAGUAUUGAGCAACAGCUGGAUGAGUUGGAGCACCAAGGAGUUGAACUCGAAAGAAAACUCCGCAGCAUGGAGAAUGAUGUACCAGAAGAUGGUUUGCUGGUAGACUGGUUUAAACUCAUUCAUGAGAAGCACAUGCUGGUACGACGGGAGUCUGAGCUCAUCUACAUCUUUAAGCAACAGAACUUGGAGCAGCGUCAGGCUGAUGUGGAGUAUGAGCUGCGGUGCCUUCUCAAUAAACCUGAGAAAGACUGGACGGAUGAUGACCGGGUGAGGGAGAAGGUGCUGAUGCAAGAGCUUGUGACCAUUAUUGAACAACGGAAUGCAAUUGUCAACUGUUUGGAUGAAGACCGGCAAAGGGAGGAAGAGGAGGAUAAAAUGUUGGAAGCAAUGAUUAAAAAGAAAGAAUUUCACAAGGAACCUGAUGCUGAUGGCAAGAAAAAAGGGAAAUUCAAGCCUAUGAAAGUGCUGAAGCUGCUUGGGAACAAAAAUGAGUCAAAGAGCAAAUCACCCAAGGAAAAAAGCUAAAGCAGGUGGCAACCAGAAGCAGGGGAGGGCUGCUGUGCUCUGUGAUUGCCUCUGUCCUAUUUGGCUGGGCACUUGGCAAAGAGGACUUUUUGCCUCCUGCUUGCUCUCGUUCUUAGAAGGCAUGGCUUGCCAUACAUCAAAGCUGGCUUUUCCCUGGAGAAAAGGUAGUUACCUUCCAGCAACAGAUACUCCUCUGCUUAAAGAAGCAAGGGGGCAGGAGGCAAGGCAUGUCCAGUCAGCACUGAAAAUUAUGGAGGGAUAGAUGUGAAGGAAAGAGUCACUUGUCCCUUUCUCCCUCAGGGUGGGGUGAAGGAAAGGAAGAAAUGAGAUUGGGUUUGACUUAACCAGUUAUGCACAUGUUAUUAUUCAUGUUUCUGUGCAGUCCAGGAUUUGGUUAGCUGUGGCAAAUUUGCACUAAUUGACUCCCUUCUCUAACUGUGAUAAUCACAUGUGCCUCACAUUCUGAAAAUCUUUCACAGCAGUCUGGGGAAUGGGACUCUGUUUUCCUGCUCCAAAUGCAUUUUUACCUGCUUGUAAAAAAAAAAAAACACAAAAAAAACCUGGGGCUUUCCAAGCAGGAUUAUUUAUUUUAUUGCCGGCUUAAACUGUUAAAACUAGAGAGAUUGCAGAAAACAAUUCAGUAUCGUAAGGGCCCAUAGAAACAGCCAACAAACCAGAACCUGUAUCCUACUUUUAGAAGCCUUCUGUACUACCAAAAACAACGUGCCGUGAAUGUGAGGCCUCUUGGGAAACUGUUAAGCAAAGCAAGAGAAUUGUUUUGGUUUGUAUGGGACACUCACUGCGCCUUGUAAACCCUCUUGGUUGCUGCUGCUAAUAUCAUCCAUGGUGCUCCUUGGGAUGCAGGAAGCUGGGAAAGGAUCAAACGUUCCCUGCCCACUAUUAGGCAUGAGGAUGUCAAGCUGUACUCAAUGCCAACAAGGCUUUCAUUUUUGCCUUGCUCACCAGUGCCACCCUUUGCCCAUUUGGGAGGGAUCCCAGCUGCUCCUCUCCCAGCUUAGUCUGUAUCUACUUUUCUAAAAAUGCAAAGACAGCUAUUUCUGUGAUAUUCUUAGCUGACUUUGAAACCUAUCUACCCCACUUCCAGCUUUCUUUUGAUUUGUUGUAUGUAUGUUGUGUGUGUGCUGAGAAGAGAGACACAUCUUUCUUUCUUCCUUUCUGCCUUCUCCUCUGUGCUGAGGAGUUAUUUAUUGAAAUGUUUGUUUUGUCUGAGUUAAACACUGAUAGUAUUGUAAGUGCUGGUUAGUCAGCUGUUAGUCUUGAGUUCUUGUUAGCAGAGUAGACUACCAGCCCAGAGCAAAUUGCUGUGCUGCCUUAUCCAAAUAUGAAUUUCUUGGCCAAGCCCUGGCUACGAUACACACUCCACACAAUUGCAGAAAGAGGAUCUAGGUUGAUAAUGUUACCAGCUCUGGUCAGGGCCAUAUUCUGAGUCCCUACAAAUGAAUGACAACUACCAACAAACCCCCACUCUCCAUAGCAAAGUCAUCCCUGGGUUUGAUCCCAAAGCACAACUUUCCCUUCUACCUUAAAAAAAAAAGGUUCCAAAAUACCAUCUAAUUUGCUCUCAUCAGAAAACCCUGGUGGUCAGAAUGACACUGUAUUAACCACAAUUUUCACUGACAUACAGGAAAAAGAAAUUAAACAGAACAAUUGUACUGAA